ACAGGGGAGCUGGAGGGGGUGUAUGGUACCUUGGCAGCGAUAAAAAAAAACUCUUCGGGAUGGAUAGAUGGUGGUCAUUCGUUAUAGAUUACCCAAUGAAGGUGUUUUUUCCCCCGUGUUAACGUGGAAUGAGCUGGGGGCAGGUUUUGUGCCAUAAUUCGCCAUGCACUAUUUUUAUUUGAUGAGUCGCAAUAAUUAUCCAAACUCUUGAGGCGGAACGUUCAUACCUCGGCGGUAUUUGUGUUUCGACGGAAGUGAGUGAGGGGCGCACUCCAACAUGGCAGCGCUCAGCGGCGGUGGAGAUGGUGCUGAAAGCUCUUCGGGAAAACUAAAAUCUCCGCAAGUAACUCCCCAGAAAGUUCGCGAAUUACUGAAUGACGGAAUUGCUUUGGAAGAUAACAGAUUGGAUAGUGAGGAGCAGGUGGUGGAACCAGAAGCUCCAAAUGGCAUCACCCACCUUCCAUGUGAGGCCACGAGCAAAGAAGGAUUUUUCUCAAGAGUGGAGACGUAUACGUCUUUGAAAUGGGCUGGAAAGCCUCAUGAUCUUUCCCCCUUGAGGUGUGCAAGGUAUGGUUGGACCAAUGUCGAAUGUGACAUGCUGAAAUGUCCAAGCUGCCAGGCAUUCCUCUGCGCAUCUCUGCAACCCACACAGGAUCUUCAGAAAUAUAAAGAACGAAUAUCAGAGCUAAAGAAAUCUUUACAAAUGCACCAUGAAAAGUUUUGCUUUUGGCCUGACUUUCCAAGCCCAGAUCGGUUUUGGACCCUACCGAUCAGUGAGCCUGCAGUGCUGUUCAGGGCCUUUCUGGACCGAUUCAAGAGCGCAUGUCUGCUGGAGCUACAGCUACCAUCCAUGAAGCCUGACGAUCUCAAAAACAUGUCUCUAACAGAAGAUGCAGUCGGUGAUCUCCUGCAGCUGAUUGAGGACGAGGUGAAGAAGGAGGGGGGGUCCCCUCUCAAGAUGAGCACAGAUCCCCUCCCUGUACAGGUGGCAGCCUGCAUUGUGGCCCUCUGUGGCUGGGCAGCAAGUCCAGCUCUUGACUCCCUGCACCUCCCAGUGCUCGCCUGCUCCUACUGUAUGCGCAAGGUGGGGCUGUGGGGUUUCCAGCAGAUUGAGGGGGUGGCCUGUGAAGGGGACAGCUCUCUUAGCAUGACCUCAACCCCUGUGUCCAGCCAUGAUGGUCGAGGGGACAGACUGACGCCCACCUCCACCUCCCCUUGUAGGAUGGUACUGCGCAGCCAGGACGCCACGCGGUCACAUGUCUCUGAGCACACUGACAGCAGCCCGUCUCCGCUGGUUUUCCGAACCCGCAGCCGGGACUCGCCCAGCCCCAGCGAGGACUCUCCCAGCCCCCUGGCGAGGGGCAAGAGGCCGGUGACCCGCAGCCGAGGUCAGGGAGAGGCAGGCCUAGUGGGCGGCGAGGUGCCCUCCAGCCCCCAGCGGAGAGCCAAGCGCUCACGCCUGUCCUCUGCUAGCAGCACGGACACCACCACCAGCAGGAGUGUGUUUAACCCUGUUGCCCAGCACAGGGACUGGUGUCCCUGGGUCAGUGUGGCAGAAGUGGAAACUGGGAGGGACCCCGAGUCCUCUGAUGAGCCACCCUCGAAACCGCAAAGCCCAGACAUCCCCCAGCCAGGCUGGAAAGCAGCCCUGGACACUUUUCUGGCCAUGAAGAAAUCCGCCAACCCGCAGGAGACUUGUACCUCGCAGGGUCUCCAUGACAAAUCAAAGAGGGUUUUUAAGAUAUUCCGGCAAUGGCAAGUGUCUUCUUCCCAGUAGAUUCCCAAGACGGAGGACAGUGGUACUUGAUGUUGGUUUACUUUUUCUUCAACCUUUGUGGUCUUUUCAACUGGGAAGUUAGAGGUCUGCCUUUGAUAGUAGACUGUGUAAUUUUGAUAGCAUUUUUUUUUCUGCAGUCAGGAAAACCUUUACUUGUCCUGUGAGGAGUGCUUUUUCCAUGGCAAAACACAUGAGCCUCGUUAAUCUUUCUCCUAGAGAGAAGGGAUGUAAGAAGCAAGUUGUAGCAGUCAUGUUUAUCUCUCACUCACCAGUAGCUUUUGGUCGUACAGUCACUUCUUGCCAGAGAGAUUUGUUACUGUUUACACAAGAAAACAGCUGACUUUGCCUUGAAAGAUGGCUGGUUUUUGUCCAGCCCUUCAUGCAUGCGUUCUAUGAAAACAUCUAGUCUGUUAACUUACUAUAGUGAUGACUCUAAACAGCACUCCACAGAUAAUCAGGGGACACUUUCUUGUUCUACCAUCACUAAGCAGUUUCAUGUAUUGUUUUAGCUUAAAACAUUGAAAGAAAUAAACUACCCUGAAACUGGAUCUCAGUGUUCAGUAACCAUGAAACUAAACAUUAGUUUAAACUUUCACAUUAAAGGGAAGACUUUAUUAUCUUAAGAUCCACAUCAAAGGUAUCUGUAAACUAAGUUUUGAAUUGUUAAUAUCAUCAUUCAGAUACUAAUGUGCCAUGAAGAUAAAUCUUUUAUAGAGGCUUGUGUAAGUUAACAGUUUAAAAAUUACAUUCCAAAUGAUAUGGAUUUCUAUGUAAGUGCUGUUUUGUUGUAAUGGUAGUUCUUAUGCAGAUGUGCAUUUAUCAUACCUAUUCUUUUUAAAAAGAAUAGGAAGAAAUAAGUUUUGAUGAGUCCCAACAAGACACAGUCUAAUAUUCUGAACAAUCAUUUAAAAUGUGGUUUCAACAGAGGUUAUUGAAUGUCUGGAAAAUGUAGUUUCUGUUUUCCAUGCUUGGUAAUAAAAAGAUAUGUUGAAAUCCAAAUUAAAAGGUUAGUAUACUGAA